ACGUCAACUCGAAGAGCCGCGCCUCGAGAAACUCCGAUCGUGUUCUACAAUGCCCGUAUAUUGUUGUGUAUUCCGGUACGGAGGGGAAGGUGGGGGGGGGCAGCCUAGACGAGGGAGCAGCCGUAAUGUUCUAUCUACUCCGUAUUAGUGUAGAUGCGUGUAUGGUAUGUACUCCGUACCCUCUCAUCACUCUCUAGCGUUUCAGGGCAGGUCCUUCCCCAACCUAAGAUCUCUCAUGGCUCUAGAUCACAAUUAUGUACAGUACAGUACCUACGUUUGCAUCUUGGCCACAGCAUAUUGGGGGUUUCCUUCACAUUGCUUCUCUCUGCUUUUUACACUUCGUCCUACCCGUAUGUUGGUCGUUUCACAACACGGGGCUCGGGUGGUAUACUAGUUAGCAUGUCUUUUCUGUGUCCUAUUUAUGGAAAUUCCGAGGUGCUAACAGGACAAAGCCGAGAGCGAUAGGCAACGCAAACCACAUCAACAACGUUGACCUAGACGUCUCUUGAUCUCGACGUAGAGAGGGUCGGUUGCGAAAGGAAAGCUGCCCACCCAGAGCGACAGUCGACCGAUCGC